AUGUCGCCUAUUACCUCCUCCACCGCUGAAAUCAGCACCAGAGUCAUAAUGGGUCGCAUGCGCACGAAGAAGGUGAAGAAAUCAUCACCCCAAGUGAUCGAGAAUUACUACUCGCGCAUGAAUCUCGCUUUCCACACGAACAAGAAGAUCCUCGAGGAAGUAGCAAUCAUCCCUUCGAAGAGGCUCCGCAACAAGAUCUCCGGAUUCUCAACGCAUCUCAUGAAGAGGAUCCAGAAGGGACCUAUGGUGGAAUCUCCCUCAAGCUCCAGGAGGAAGAGCAUGCGACGCAUGGACGGCGGCGAUGAGCUCAUAAACCCUUUUUUUAAAAAAAUCUCAUCUUAA